CAUUCAAAAUCUCUUGAUAUUGGUUGGGCUUCUCGAAAAGGGCGGGAUGUGACUGAAAUUGAAUGAUCGCAACAACUAAGACAACUGACAGCUUGUUCCUUACAUGUAUGGUGGAAGGUAUAGUAUUGCUGGCGGAUGGUUGGCAAGCCUAUUGGCAUGCCUUCCACAGUCUGCGUCUCUCCACCUAGUGGAGCGGCGGAAUAAAAUUGCAAAUAAGUGUUGAUUUUAAAGAUCAGAAAACAAUAAUGUAGGCACCCAAGGGAGAAAAUCUGUCAAAACAGAUUCCAAAGAUUCCCAAACAAGGGAACAAAACGCUGUUCAAAGCAAAGUUCCACAGAAGCUUUACGGUUGCAGACGAACCGAAAAGCCCAUCAUGUGCUUAUUGCACCAGCAAACAUCUGUCUGACAGAUGUGGGAUCAUCAAAGAUCCGAAAGCCCGAAAAGCUCACCUGGAGAAUAACAAUCGAUGUCUGCUCUGCCUCAAGAAGAAAGAAGAACUCCACGAGUGCCAGAAGAAGAGAUGUCACUACUGUCACAGGACAAAUCACCACUCAUCUUGGUGUCUUCAAGCUCCACUAUCAGAUGUCCACUAAUUGCCGGGGAGUGUUUGCAACGUACCUUUAUCAACCCAUUUUCCCCCGCCUUCACUGUUUUCUAAUGUCAUAUUGCUCUUUCCACUUUCUCCAUCUCUCUCACCAAUGUGUGACCUCUUGA